AAAAUUGGGAAUGAUUUGACCGGUCAUUCAAGAAUCCUUGGGGCUCAAGCUCGGGCUCAAGCUGAAGUAGUAGCAUCGGUCGUCUCUUUAACUUUCCGAUCCAUCCAUCGUCUCCAAUUAUACAAAGACAGACUCAGAGAGAGAGAGAGACUAUAUUCUCACAUCAAGGAAAGGAAAGGAAAGAUGAAAUAUGGUCGUGUUACCACUGAAUAAGGUUAAAUCGCAUACAAGUGAAUACACAGUCACCUCAGGUUAAGAUGAGUUUUAUUCCAACAUAAAUGCAGUGUACUUGCUUGAGAAGGUUUUGUUGAAUUCUGCAACAUUCUAGUGGGAAGGACUCCUCAUAACUUACUUUAGAGCUGUUCAUAACUAUAAAAAAGCGCAGGAUGGCUGAUGUAAAGUGGAGCUUCUGGGGUCCUGUUACAUCGACCAUUGAAUCUUGCGAAGGGAAUUAUUUAUAUUCUUCAUAUAUUGCGGAGUUCUUCAACACCAUAUCGAAUAUUCCCUGUGUUCUUUUGGCUUUAAUAGGCCUAAUCAACGCCGUAAGGCAGAAAUUCGAGAAGAGAUUCGCCGUGCUUCAUCUUUCAAAUAUGAUUCUUGCAUUUGGAAGCAUAUUAUUCCAUGCCACUUUACAACGUGUGCAACAAGAAAGUGACGAAACACCGAUAGUAUGGGAAAUGCUUCUUUACAUAUACAUCCUAUAUUCUCCAGAUUGGCAUUAUCGGAGUACAAUGCCUACUUUCCUGUUCAUGUAUGGUGGAAUAUUCGCAAUUCUGCACUCAUGGCUCCAUCUUGGGAUUGGAUUCAAGGUGCAUUGCUUAGUGCUGGGCUUGCUAUGCCUUCCUCGAGUGUACAAGUACUAUAUCUAUACAGAAGACGUGUCUGCUAAAUGUGUUGCAAAGGCAUACACGGUUACCUUAAUUCUGGGUAGCUUUUGUUGGGUUUUUGAUCGAGCUUUGUGCAGUAAGAUAUCUAGAUGGUCAUUCAAUCCUCAGGGUCAUGCCUUAUGGCAUGUCAUCAUGGGAUUCAACUCUUACUUUGCAAACGUAUUUGUGAUGUUCUGUCGUGCACAACAACUAGAAUGGGAUCCGAAGAUUGUCCAUUUUAUGGGAAUUCUACCAUACGUCAAGAUUCGCAAACAAAAGAAGACCCAAUGACAGAAAACAAAGAUGGGGUAGAGAGGAGAGUAUAGCCUUUCAGGUUUUACUAGUAUUUGAAAGUUUUGAUUGAUGAUUGGGGAAUUCGAACAUAUAACAUUGUUAGCCAGCCAGACUCUUUCUACUUGAUUGAACAUUUUAUCAUUCUAUUAUUAUUCAGAUGUUGAAACAAAUUCUGUCUGUUUGUUUACCUCCUUUCUUUGAGAGGAGGAUGUUUAAUUUGUUGAUUUUAGGGUUUGAAACAUGCAAAGUUUAGUGAUUCUUUUCAAUUCAAUUGGUAUUUUGUUUAA